CCAGACCCUGAACCGUGGCCGAAAUGAAAAAGAUCAUGAAGAUGCCAUCGCACAUACGGAUGGUUAUGCUGCUGUCCAUUGUGUCUGUUCACGUCCUGGGAGACGCAGUUUGUCCGUCUCGUCUCUACCUGAUCCUCUUCAGUGGAGGACAGAAACUCUCCGCUCCAUAUGUGCUGUUCAACACCACCAACGCGAUACAUUGCUCAUCCACCUGCAACGCUAAUCCAAGCUGUUGGAUCUACACCUGGGACACGGAGACAAGAGAAUGCGGCCUCCUGCAGGAUCUAUCUUGGCCAAUCACCACCGUAGCAGCUCCUCCUUCGUUACGCACUUACUACGUCGGGGGUAUGAAUGGUAAGGAGCUUAAAAAGUCAAAGAGCAAUGGUAACUGGAACCUUGUGAAGCAAGAGUGUGAGAUGAUGGGAGGACGUCUGUUUGCGCCACAGGACAGCACCUACGGCAAAGUUCUACAUUACGUACUUGGCGCAGACACGCUCUGGAUCGGCUUAAUUCGCAAACCGACAGAUGAUGUGUAUACUUGGUUUGACUUGGAUGGAAAUCCAGAUAACACGAAAUUGGAAUGGGAGCCAGGACAGCCUAAUAAUUUUAAUGGUGCUCAAUACUACAUGUCACUUGAAGCAGGAGUAAAGAAUGAUAGAGAUGAAGCGUGGGUUAGGUACGGUGUUUGUGAAAUUUAAUGACACCUUUCUUAUUUGAUUGCGGUGAGUAAAUGUCAGAGUUAAAUGGCAAAAUUAGGUUUCUCUUAAUCUGAAAUUGCCAUCUUUGAUCAUUUGAUGGCCUGGAUAAAAAAGUGAUUUAUUGUUGAUAAUAAUAACUAAAUUUCAUAGACGCAGACAUGGACUUGGUCAUAUAAAUUGUUUUCCUCUGGUGUGGGGAUUUUGGCCUGACCACUUCAAGUUGACAUGAUCUUGUGGCUUGGUUUCUCCCCAGGUGGACAACAGGUUGAGCCAAUAUAGGUUGAGAGAAACGAUUCCCGAUAAGCUUCAGACUAACAUGAGACUUGUCUUUAUCCUAAUGUAAUCUUUUCUGUCAAUGGGAGUAGAGUUAUACAGGCUUCACUUGUGCAAUGGUGUUUUCUUAUCUCGUUGAUCAUCCGGACAACUGUUAGCUUCUGGUUGUUAAUCACUUUGAAAACAUUUGAGUGAGAAUCAGUAGAUUGUAAGUUGUGAACUUGUGUGAAAUGGUUUAAUGCUGCACCGUGAGAUUUAGCGGCUAAACUGUCUCUGACGGACUCCUUGUUUUGCCAAGUGGAGUUGUUUCCAAGAGGCAGAGUUUGCUGUAUUGCACGUAAAUUCAUAGACUGUGCUAAUUCUACUCUUUCAGCCCAAAGCUGGGAAUUCACCACGCUAAUUUAAAGGGGUUUAAGAUACAAUAGAGAUUUUACAAUAAUUUCUUGGAAGGUUACUACUGUAAUCCGUACUGCAUUUCCUGUUCAUGAACUGUUUCCCCUAAUGUAAAUUCAUUUAUACGAAGUCGAUAUGUUGCCGGCAAAAAUAUCCGCUGCCUAAAUUAUAGAGCUCUUGUAAUUUAGACAGGUUGAAUUAAGUACUCGUUAGCACUUCAUGUAAUUUAGCU